AGACCCCCACAAUUGAGGUAUCUUCUGAUGUAGUUGACGCUGUUCCUAUGAAUGCUGCUACAUAUGUGGGUGCUAUGGGUGAUAAUCUAUAUAAUUUAGGAACUAAUGAUUACUUACGUCGAGAACCGGCACUACCACCACAAACUCUUACUGGUUUAACUGGUCAAGAAUCAAAUUCAGAAGAUAGCAGCUUAAGUGAUGGAGACCGCACUUUAGUGGAAUCCAUACAAAAUCGAUGUGGCGGUGAUAGUCAGAUAUCGAGUUGCAGUCAUUCACCGCAAUUAUCGAGUCCAGAAGAUGAGAUGAAUAGUGAAUCAAUGAAACGUGUGGCAGCUUAUUUCAGUAAAUUUUUGCCACCUCAAUCAGAAAUGGACACUAGUUCCAGUUAUAACACACCGUCAUUUUUUUCUGCUAUUAAAAUUGAUUCGCCUGAUGCUGUUAGUAGUAACUAUCCUCAUUGUGAUGCCGACUCAUCAGAGGAUUUGUCACGGAAACCGACACAAGCAUAUAAAAUUUUAGCAAAUUCGCAUAUGAAAAUCAGUGUUUUUAAAAAGUAUAUAGAAAAUUUAAUAAGGGUACCGAUCAAUUAUUUUAGAUUUCAACGAAAACAUGAUUCUUCAGAUGCGUUUAAUACAGCACACUCUCUACUCGUAUUGAAUGAAGCUGAAACAGUUUAUAUAGAAUUAGGCAAAACGCUCGAAGCAGAUGAACAAAAAGCGAAAAUAUCGUUUAUGCGUCUAUCAGAGCUAAACAACGAAACCGUCAAAUUGCCUUGCGUAUGCGAAUGGGUCUACAAUACAACAACGACUGUAACAGAAGCUAAGAAGGAACUUAUAUCAAAAUUGCAUCGCAUCGAUGAUAAAUAUCUUUCCCUAAAUAUGGACAAUUGUCGUUUGUGGCUUAAAGGUGGUCGAAAUCCCGUAAAGAUUUUAGAGGAUACUGAACCAUUAGUUGGUGACCUGCGAUCUAAAAUUGAAUCAGAAUUUCUUGUGCAAGAAUGUGAAAAUGGCAUUAGCCCACAACCGCAUGAAGUUAGUUUAACGCUAUUCGUAAGAAGAUGGUAUCCAGCUAAAAUGGAGUUGGGAAAAUUCGAAGAAAUAACGUUAAAUAAGGAUGACGAGUUGAGGGAAACAUUAUCUAAAUUAUCUGGUAUCGAAACUGAUCACAUUUCAUAUUGUAAAGUGAACAGUUCCUUCCCAUGUACAAAUAUAUCACUAGUGAGUAUUAAUACUAAUAUGAGCUGGACAUCAAUACCGGUGACAAUAGAUAAAUAUCCACUUUCUGCAACGGUUAGUGGUAAUAUUUACUUCUACAAAGAUGCAAUGGAAGAAACAAAAGAACUGUCGUCAGAGGAGCGAUUUGAAUUAUGCGCCAAAGAAAAACAUCGCCUUGAUCGUAUGGGUUGUAUCUCAUCUACAACAUCAUCGUACUCACCCCGCCGUGAACGUGCAUUAAAAAUUUAUCUCGAUUCUCCAAAAACAACAACAACUUCAUCGACAAAUACAACGACAACGGACAGACUUGACUAUUAAAGCUUAAAGUAAAAAAAAAAAAA